AUGUGGCAGGGGCUGAGAACAAAGCUCAAGAACUUCUCCUCAAACCAGCCGGAAUACAGCAAGAAAAUGACGGAAACGCUGACGCCGGAGCAGAUCACGGAGUACAAGGGCAUCUUCGAGAUGUUUGACGAAGAGGGGAACGGCUUAGUCAAAACGAGUGAGCUGGAAAGUUUGAUGAGCUUGAUUGGCAUCAAUCCCACCAAGAGGGAACUUACGACCAUGGCAAAAGACGUCGACAAAGACAAUAAAGGCACCUUCAACUGUGACGGGUUUCUGGUAUUGAUGGGCAUUUACCACGAAAAGUCAAAAAACCAAGACGAAGAGCUAAGGGCAGCCUUCAAGGUCUUCGAUAAAGAACACAAAGGCUACAUUGAGUGGGACACACUGAAGUAUGUGCUGAUGAAUGCUGGAGAGCCACUGAAUGAACAUGAAGCCGAGCUCAUGAUGAAAGAAGCUGACAAAGACGGGGAUGGGACCAUUGAUUACGAAGAGUUCGUGGCUAUGAUGACUGGAGAAUCCUUUAAACUGACCUAGAAAGGCACAUUGGAAG